UGAAUUUAAGAAAAAAAAUGGAAAGAGCUUCUCUCUCUCAGUUCUGAGGUCUCUUUUUUAUUAUUCAUAUCAUAUCCUAUAAAACCUAAAACCUUUUCGUGACUUUCUCUUACUGCAUAAACCCUUGUGACUAUAUUUCUGAGCUGAAGCCAAAAGCAAUUUAGAAGAUGAAUUUUAAUAAUGUCAAAGUUCCAAAAGUUCCUAGUGGUGGUGCGCUUUCUACCUUGCUUAAGGUGGGGAUUAUCUGUGGGAUUGGUGUGUACGCAGCUGCAAACAGUCUCUACAAUGUUGAAGGAGGUCAUAGAGCUAUUGUGUUCAAUCGCAUUACCGGUGUGAAAGACAAGGUCUAUCCUGAAGGAACUCACUUUAUGAUUCCAUGGUUUGAAAGACCUGUUAUCUAUGAUGUUCGUGCACGACCCCAUCUAGUUGAGAGUAAUUCUGGAAGUCGUGACCUUCAGAUGGUCAAAAUAGGGCUUCGAGUUCUUACUCGUCCCGUCCCAAAUCAAUUACCUACUGUAUAUCGAACCCUUGGUGAGAACUAUAAUGAGAGAGUGCUGCCUUCAAUCAUACAUGAAACUUUGAAAGCUGUGGUUGCACAGUAUAAUGCUAGCCAACUCAUUACUCAAAGAGAGGCUGUGAGUAGGGAAAUAAGGAAGAUUUUAACUGAGAGGGCUGCCAAUUUCAACAUCGCUCUGGAUGAUGUGUCGAUCACUACUCUAACAUUUGGGAGGGAAUUUACAAAUGCGAUUGAGGCCAAACAAGUGGCUGCGCAAGAAGCUGAGAGGGCUAAAUUCGUUGUUGAAAAGGCUGAACAAGACAAGAGAAGUGCUAUUAUAAGAGCUCAGGGUGAGGCUACAAGUGCCCAGCUGAUUGGUCAAGCUAUUGCCAACAAUCCGGCAUUUAUCACCCUAAGGAAGAUUGAAGCUGCAAGAGAAAUUGCUCACACCAUUUCGAAAUCCGCCAAUAAAGCUUACCUGAACUCGGAGGAUCUCUUGCUGAACCUUCAGGAGAUGAAUUUGGAGCCUGUUGGGAAAAGAUAGGCAUACCGUGUUUUGAGUUGUCCCAUCUUUUAAAUGGAUUUAUUAAUAACUCAAUGUUAAAGGCAAAGUGAUUGGUAAAUUCUACAUGUCUUUUAAUAGUUCAUUUUUGCAAGAGGUCCAUUUUCAGAAACUAUUGUCAACGACUUUCAUAUCUUACACCUGUGAAAUAGAACGUUCAUCUAUUUUAGA